AUGCUGGGAAGUUCCGCCAUCACCUUACUGGAAGGUUUGAUGGCACCUAAGGAUAUUGAGGACUGCUCCUUUGAUGAGCUAAUGAAGGCAAUGACAGGGCACCUUGCACCCCAGCCGACAAAGAACCAUCGCCGUUAUGAUUUUGCCCACAGAGAGCAACAAGCACAAGAGUCAGUGAGUGAGUAUAUUGCUGCUCUCCGGGAAAUUGCGAUGUAUUGCCAAUUCACUAACCUGGAGGAACGUCUGUUGGAAAGGUUCAUCAUUGGUGUGCGAGACAGCCAUCUCCGCCGCAAGCUGCUGGCGAAAGAUGACAUCAUGAUGGCCACAGCCAUGAACAUGGCAACGGCUUUUGAGAAGGAUAAUGCCCACGAAAAGGCCCCAAUUUCCCGAACAGAAGGGGGCAUCCAUCAUGUCCGGCAAGACCGGUCAUCUUCUGGCGAUUCCCCCCAUGAGGAUGUCCACCGAACCCUAGGCCAACCUGACCGCAACCACCGCAACCGCCGCUCCCAAGCUGUGUGCACGUCAUCAAACCAGCAUCAGUCCAACCCACGCAGCACCUGUGCCAGUUGUGGAGAGAACAAUGAUCGUAAGACAUGCAGAUUCCGUGACGUCACGUGUCGAGGCUGUGGUAAAGCCGGACACAUCAUACGUGUCUGCUGUUCCAAGAACACAGGAAUACGACCCAGACAGCGUGUUCACGAGGCCCUUGAAGAAGAGGAGUUGCAGUCAAUCUCUUCAGCCAGGAUCAAUCCCACGGUGCAACCCAUCAGGGUCAAGGCUCGUAGAGUUCUGUUUGCGCUCAAACCCAAAAUUGAGGAGGAAUUGGAUCGUUUAGUGGCACAAGGGGUUUUAGAGCCGGUUACAUCAGGCUCAUGGGAAACCCCAAUUGUCACCCCGGUUAAACCUGAUGGCUCUGUCCGCAUUUGUGGUGAUUACAAAUGCACCCUGAACUGGGCCCUGCAGGACCAUGCAUACCCGGUUCCAGUAGUGAGCCAUGUAUUGGCAAAUCUGGCUGGGGCCAAGGUCUUCGGAAAGCUGGACUUGGCACAAGCGUACCAGCAGCUCCCCGUGGAUGAGGCCACAGCUGACGCCCAAACAAUAGUUACCCAUAAGGGCGCCUUCAGGGUUAAACGCCUGCAGUUUGGGAUUAGUGUGGCUCCAGGAUUAUUCCAGAGUCUCAUGGACCAUCUUCUUAAAGGCAUCCCUGGAGUCACGCCAUUAUUCGACGAUGUGCUGAUUGCUGCGUCGUCGAGGGAGGACUUCGCCGCCAGCUUAAGGACAGUGCUAAGAACUGGGCUACGGACAUUUCGCCUCUUUGAAAACAUUGGAACCCCCCCUCCACUUCUAGAGAAAUGCAAGACGGACAGAUGCAAAUUUAGAUUCACAAAGACAGUGCUACAACGCUUCCAGGCGGCAGGACUUCAGGUCAAACAGAAAAAGUGCCUAUUGGGAGUGAACAGCGUGGACUUCUUGGGGUUCCGAGUGGAUGCAGACGGCCUCCAUCCAACCGAGGACAAGGUGCAUGCCAUUUGCGAUGCCCCAGCCCCUAAGAACAAGGCAGAAUUGCAAGCCUUUUUGGGACUCCUCAAUUUCUACCAUGCGUUCCUGCCACACAAGGCGGCAGUGGCCGAGCCCUUGCACCAGCUUUUGGACAAAAAAGCACCUUGGGUCUGGGGUCCACGGCAGGCAAAAUCUUUCCAAAGGGUCAAAGAAUUGCUUAUCUCUAAUUCGGUGCUGAUGCACUUUGAUGAAAAUCUCCCAGUUGUGUUGGCAUGUGACGCUUCCCCGUACGGGGUGGGUGCGGUUCUGGGCCACCAACUAUCAGAUGGGAGAGAAGUCCCAGUGGCGUACUUCUCCCAAACCCUCACACCAGCAGAACACAAUUAUUCCCAGAUUGACAAGGAGGGUCUGGCAGUGGUUAAAGGAGUAAAAAAUUUUCAUGAUUUCCUUUAUGGCCGGCCCUUCACUACCGUGACUGACCAUAAGCCUCUCUUGGGACUCCUCGCCCCUGAUCGCCAGACGCCUCAGAUGCUCUCCCCUCGGGUUCUGCGUUGGUCCAUUUUCUUGGCCGGCUACCAAUAUUCCUUACAGCACCGACCCGGAAAAGCCAUGGGGCACGCAGAUGCUCUCAGCCGCUUACCACUGCCUGAGAACGGCCCAGAUCCUGCUCCAGCUCACCAGAUAUUGCAACUGGAGGAAUUACCUGACCAACCCCUACAUGUGAAAGACGUGGCUGCUGCAACAGCGAAAGACAGGUUGUUGGCCCGUGUUGCAGAGUGGGUGGGAAGGGGUUGGCCUGGAAAGCCUGGACCGGAAUUCUCAAGCUUCACAGCUCGCAAAGAUGAGUUGUCGACACACAGGGGGUGUAUAUUGUGGGGUAGCCAAGUCAUAGUUCCCCCCUCAUUUAGGAGAAAGGUCCUAGAAGGUUUGCACGUGUCCCAUCCGGGAAUAGUCCGGAUGAAGGCACUGGCCCGAAGCUACGUCUGGUGGCCGGGCAUAGACACCGAGAUUGAAGGGUGGGUUAAACAUUGUGAACCCUGCCAAGUGUUGCGGCCGGAUCCCCCCAAGGCACCAGUUCAGUCCUGGGAAUCCACACAGUUCCCAUGGUCCAGGGUGCACAUAGAUUUUGCUGGGCCCUUCCAGGGCCAACUGUUCCUCAUCGUGGUGGAUUCCCAUUCCAAGUGGCUUGAGGUGACACCAACCUCAACCACGUCCAGUAGGGCGGCUAUAAACUCACUCAGGAAGUUAUUUGCCACACAUGGCUUGCCUGACACACUGGUGAGUGACAAUGGAACAGCUUUCACUUCGGCAGAAUUCCAAGAGUUUGUGUCUAAGAACAGAAUCCGCCAUGUCAGGUCAGCUCCCUUUCAUCCAGCCACUAAUGGCCAAGCAGAACGCAUGGUUCGCACAACUAAAGAUGCGCUCAGGCGUAUAAUACAGGGAGACUGGACCCUCCGUUUAUCAGAGUUUUUGCUGGCUCAACACAUCACCCCAAGUGCAACAACUGGCCGUAGCCCAGCUGAGUUGCUUAUGGGAAGGAGGCUCACUACUCUCCUGGAUCGCAUACAUCCUGACAGGGCCUUAGAGCAGCGACCAUCCACCGUGGAGUGGAAGGCACCUAGGGGGUUUGCCCCAGGGGAUCCUGUAUAUGUCCGGAACUAUGGGCUAGGACAAGGUUGGGUACCAGGCACCAUUGAUCGUUGUACAGGCCCGGUUUCCUAUGAGGUGGGGCGGAACCACAGGGUAGUGCAACAGACACAGCUGGCGACUUGGCAACUGGAACAAGUGGGGAAACGGAGGGUGCGCCGCCAACCGAGAUACCUCAACAGAGUGAUCUUGGGCCGGUGUCCACAGCAGCCCCGCAACCGGCAACACCUGCAGAGCCGCCUCCGUUGA